UCAGUUUCCAACCGCACAAUAAUUGCGGACACGUGUAAUAAAUAAUAAAUAAUAAAAAUUAUAAUGUUAUUAUUGAGAUAAGUAAUUGUCGGAAAAAAAUAAUUGUUAUAGUGAAUAUAAAUACCGGGAGUUUAAAAUAAAUAAAAAUCCAAGAUGAGUACAAUACUGGAGAAAAUUGCGGCCAUCGAGUCGGAGAUGAGCCGCACGCAAAAAAAUAAAGCUACGUCAGGUCACUUGGCAACUCUGAAGGCAAAGCUUGCUAAAUUGAGACGCGAGCUGAUAACUCCAAAAGGAGGCGGCGGAGGUGCCGGAGAACAGGGCUUUGAAGUCGCUAAGACUGGAGAUGCUAGGAUUGGGUUUGUUGGGUUUCCCAGUGUCGGGAAGUCUACUCUGCUGAGUACUUUGGCUGGUGUUUAUUCCGAAGUUGCAGCUUAUGAGUUUACGACACUGACAACUGUUCCUGGUUGUAUUAAAUACAAGGGCGCUAAAAUUCAGCUUUUAGAUUUACCCGGUAUCAUUGAAGGCGCUAAAGAUGGUAAAGGUCGAGGUAGACAAGUAAUAGCAGUGGCACGUACUUGCAGUCUAAUCUUCAUAGUCCUGGACGUACUGAAACCUCUAGGGCACAAGAAGCUCAUUGAGCACGAGUUAGAAGGUUUCGGUCUGAGACUGAAUAAGCAACCACCUAAUAUAACAUUCAGGAAGAAAGAAAAAGGAGGUGUAAACUUACAAACUAUGUGUACACAGUCAGAACUUGACUUAGAUACUGUUAAAUCAAUUUUGUCUGAGUACAGAAUUCAUAAUGCCGAUAUUACUUUGAGAUACGACGCCAGUGCUGAUGAUCUCAUUGAUGUCAUUGAAGGCAACCGUGUUUACGUACCCUGCAUUUAUUUACUGAAUAAAAUAGAUCAAAUAAGUAUCGAAGAACUAGAUGUUAUUUAUAAAAUUCCUCACUGUGUUCCAAUUUCUGCUCAUCAUAAAUGGAACUUUGAUGAUUUACUGGAAAAAAUGUGGGAUUAUCUCCAACUUGUUAGAAUUUACACUAAACCGAAAGGUCAGCUUCCUGAUUACAAUUCGCCUGUUGUGUUGAAUAAAGAAAGACGAACUGUUGAAGAUUUCUGUAACAAACUCCAUCGAUCUAUUGCUAAGGAAUUUAAAUACGCGCUGGUCUGGGGAUCGUCAGUAAAACACCAGCCCCAAAAAGUCGGAAAAGAUCACGUCCUAAGCGACGAAGAUGUUGUACAAGUUGUAAAGAAAGUCUGAAUGACAAUGAUAACACC